GAAACUAACUAAAUUUAGAUCCGUCUCCGUCUGGCCGUACACUAAAAAUAGAAAGCUAAUUCGUCCGUCCAUGGCGGCAUCGUCCGAUUAAUUUCUAAAGUUUCCUUAUGGGUGGCCUGCAAGCAAGGGCGGAUUGAAGGAUCCCCCAAAAAUACGGCAAGUUAUUUCUCCCGCCAGGUUAUUUUUAUUUUUUUAAGCAGGUGUAUUUGCCCUAAUUCUUUCGCUGUUCUGCUGCUCCUCCUCGUCUGCCUGCACCGUCUCCUCUGCCUCACGCACGGUCUGCUCCGCCUCCGCUGCUUCGAUCCAAGACGCCCGGAUUGCUCCGCCAGUCCGCCCUCUUCUGCCUCGAGCCAAGACGCGCGGUGCCAAACAGGAAGUCGACCUCGCCGUCGCCGGCAAACAGCAGAACGAAUUUGCUUCAGCCUUCAUUUGUAGGUCUAUUAGAGCUUUCAUAACUUUUUGUUAAUGGACCAAAGUUUUUCUACUAUUGAAUCACCACGGCGGAAGCCAGGGCUUUUAAGAGAUCAAGUUCAGGUUGUGAAAAGGAAAGACUCUUCUAGAUAUGAAAUUGUUCCAAUUCAAGAUUCACUUUCUUUUGAGAAGGGUUUCUUUGUCUUCAUCCGUGCUUGCCAGUUGUUGGCCCAAAAGAAUGAGGGGAUUAUCAUGGUUGGUGUUGCUGGUCCCUCUGGGGCUGGAAAGACGGUAUUCACUGAGAAAAUUCUGAAUUUCAUGCCAAGUAUUGCUGUGAUAUCCAUGGAUAACUACAAUGACUCAAGUCGUAUAAUUGAUGGAAACUUUGAUGAUCCACGUCUAACCGAUUAUGAUACUUUGUUGGAAAACAUUAAUGGCCUGAAAGAAGGAAAGUCCGUCCAAGUGCCUAUUUAUGAUUUCAAGUCAAGCUGUCGAACAGGAUACAGGACUGUGGAAGUUCCAAGCUCCCGGAUUCUAAUUAUUGAAGGAAUCUACGCAUUAAGUGAAAGGUUGCGGUCUGCAUUAGACCUUCGUGUUUCUGUAACGGGAGGUGUACAUUUUGACCUUGUGAAGAGGGUCUUAAGGGACAUACAACGUGCUGGACAAGAACCGGAAGAAAUAAUCCAACAAAUAUCAGAAACGGUUUAUCCCAUGUACAAGGCAUUUAUUGAACCAGACCUGCAAACUGCACAUAUAAAAAUCAUUAACAAAUUCAAUCCAUUCUCAGGUUUCCAGAAUCCGACCUACAUUUUAAAGUCAACAAGGACUGCAUCAGUCGAGAAAAUCAAGGCUGUAAUUUCUGCAGAACACAAGGAAAGUAGGGAGGAAACUUAUGAUAUAUAUCUCCUACCACCAGGUGAAGAUCCAGAUGCUUGCCAAUCCUAUCUGAGAAUGCGAAACAGGGAUGGAAAGUACAAUCUUAUGUUUGAGGAAUGGGUUACAGACAACCCCUUCAUCAUAUCACCAAGGAUUACUUUUGAAGUUAGUGUACGGCUUCUUGGAGGAUUGAUGGCUUUGGGCUAUAGUAUUGCUGCUAUUUUGAAAAGAAGCAGCCAUGUAUUCUCUGACGACAGAGUGACUGUGAAAAUUGAUUGGUUGGAACAGUUGAAUCGAAGUUAUAUCCAGGUGCAAGGAAGAGACCGAAUAAUUGUUAAAUGUGUUGCUGAUCAAUUGGGAUUGGAGGGUUCUUAUAUUCCUAGAACGUACAUAGAGCAAAUUCAACUGGAGAAACUUGUCAGUGACGUAAUGGCUGUUCCUGAUGAUUUGAAGACAAAGCUUAGCAUAGAUGAUGAUCUGGUAUUAAGCCCAAGAGAAGCACUUUCUCGAUCCACUGGUGAUAAGGCUGCCAUGAGAAACAAGCAUCUCAGUGGUUUGUCACUUUCAUACUCCGCACGAGGUGAGAAGAACAUUGGUAAACUUACCAAUCUUACAGUUGGUGGCAGAAGAUAUGAUGUACGUGGCCCUGAUUCACCUGGAAUGAAAGAGGGAGUCAUCAAACAGCUCUCGGAACAAAUAUCAACAUUGAAUGAAAGGAUGGACGAGUUUACCUCACGUAUUGAGGAACUGAAUUCUAAGUUUGCAGCGCAGAAAGCAUCAACCAGUCAACAAAAUCUCUCUCUCCAAGGAGAAGGUUGUCCUGGUUCGGCACCAACAACUUUCUUUGUGUCCAACUUGGGCAAUGGUACCCUGUUACCCAAUUCAUCAUCUUCCAAUCAACUUAACAAAGAGUCUUCACUAAUGGAAGAGAUCGCCGCGAUCUCUCGUUCUCAGCGUCAAAUGAUGCAUCAGCUCGACAAUCUCUCCAAUUUGUUUCAUGAGAAGUUGGCUAAGCUUAAUAAUCGCGGCAGAUUUACUGAUACUGACGCACUUGGUAAUCCAAUAUUUCUCUUGCUAGCAGGAGCCGUUGGUUUUUUUCUGCUAAGGCGUUUAUCUAACAUUUGAAAUAGAGCAGUCGAUAACACAUUCUGGCUUCGUUUGAUACGACUUUUUUCUUGCUUUCUAAAACAACUUUAUAAUACAAAAGCUAUUUUAAAAAGCAUUAUAAAAGCUGUCCCAAACGAAACCUCAGUCCCUCAGUAAACCAUUUUUUUUCCUCUCUGCUUGUUACUAUUUCUAUUUGCACUGAAGAUUAUUUAUUCUUAACCUGUAUUUGAGCUCAUUGAAUAGGCAAUGUUAGUCAUCAAUGGUUCUUGAUUUUUCCGCAAGAGCCCUUACGAAAUUUGUGUAUUUUCAAUUGAAAAUUUCAAUGUUACAACAACGAGUUUAUUUAAAUUUCAUCUAUUAAUGA